AAGAAGAAGGCCCUGAACGUUGAUAGUGUCAGUUGCUUCAACACAAGGACAAGAUAUUUAGUUCUGUUUUUAGGGUCAGCAUGUAUAGCAUCGAUAGCAUCAAAUAUGAUUGUUCUAAACUUCACAUUAAUUUGUAUGGGUACAGACUAUAACGAGACUAAUCCGAUGACUGCUGAUAAUCGAGGACCGUACGAUUAUACUCAAUCUGAAAAGUCGUAUCUCAUGUGGGCGGUAGCAAUUGGAACGCUACUCGCCGCGUGGCCGUUUCAUUGGUUUUAUCAAAAAUAUGGUGCUCGGUCAGUGUUCUUUACGGCUGGCAUGAUCUCGACCAUUUCAACAGCAGUGAUGCCAAUUACAGCUGCGUACAGUUGGCACGCUUUUCUUGUAGCUCGGUUCUUCCAGGGAAUAUCAUUUGGCGCAGACUUUGCAGCCAUUGGUCUCAUCGUCGUCCACUGGGCUUCACUUAAGCAACAUGGGUUUUUCAUCUCAUUAUUGUCGUCUUUUUCACAAUUGUCAGUCAUGUUUACAAUGCCGGUCGCCGGCGAGCUGUGCGAAUCAUCAUGGGGUUGGCCAUCGGUUUAUUAUCUGCAUGCAGCUCUCAGUGGAGUAUUGUUUACAGCCUGGUACUAUUACUACAGAAAUAAUCCGGUUGAUCAUCCUUCGAUGACCGAAAUUGAACUCGAAAAAAUUCAUCGCGGCAAGGGAGAAAUCAAGGAUAAGGAAUCAACUCCUGUCAAGGAGAUUAUGACACAUCCUGUGAUGUGGGCAGUUUGGCUAUCAGCAUUCGGUGAACUUAUGAUGUCACAAUUUAUCGUCAUGUAUGCGCCUACCUACCUCAAAGAGGUUCUUGGAUUCCGAGUAGCUCAUACUGGUUACUUUGUUGCGGUACCUCGUGCACUUCACUUAGCCUUCAAAAUUAUUAGUGGAAUAGCAAGCGAUCGAAUCGAAUUUCUAACGGAGAAAACAAAAAUGAGGAUUUUCAAUACAAUCGCCUUAACGGUGUCAGGAACAUUCUUCUGUGUACUUGGCUUCUUACCAAAAGAAUUGGCCAAUUAUGCGCUUGUCUCUUUGCUCAUUAUUGAAUGUUCGACGGGUUUCAUAUGUGGAGGAUUCUACAAAUGUGCUACUCUCGUUGCCAGGCAACACUCUCAUUUUGUACUCUCACAAAUUCAAUUCAUCAAGUGCUUAUCUUUAUUCAUUGAACCAUUACUGGUAUUCCUGAUCUGUACUCAUAACACACUUACGGAAUGGCGAGUAGUCUUCCUUAUCCACGGAGUACUUCUAAUCGGUAAUAAGCAGAAUUUUCCCACUACAAUCUACCUGAAAUCAAAAAUAAUUAGCCACUUUCCAGUUGGAAAUCUCAUCUUCUGCUAUUUCGCCACGGAUAAACCGGCUUCGUUCACUCAUCUCGUGUCUACUGAGGAACUCAAAGAUGUCGUGCCACUAGAACAGCAAAGAUUAACGGCUGCUGAGAUAAACGAGUGA